CGAUCUCUCCUCCUUUCAACACAGAUCAAAAUCUCCCACUCCAUCCAUCAUGGUCCACCGCGUCGCUUUCUGGAGCUGCUUCGGCUUGGCCGUGCGCUUCUGGCAGGUCGGCAUUGAGAUGCGCCCCUUCUUCAACCGCUCCUCGCUGUGGGCGUACCCCGUCUAUGCGCUCGGCGGAGCGAGCUUCGGACACUGGCUGCAGGGCGUGGACGACCGACAGACGGAGAUGCUGGGCGAGCGAAAGAGGGCUUUGUUGGAGAAGAGGGCGAGGAAGGCGCAGCGGGAUGCUGAGAGGGGACAGGAGGCUUAAACGUUUUUGAAAAAAAAAAAAAAAA